AUGGCGCCCCUCUCGUUAAAGACUAUGGGCAAUGUGUUCAAGAAGAACCAUAAGGAGCUGGACGCUAAAGCGGAAGAAGAAGAAGAUCUCGACGCUUCUGAAUUCGAAGACGAUGAUGAGAAAAAACCCACAUUGGAAAAGAGUAGGAGGCCCAAAGAUACCCCUUUCACACAGCAGAGAAUUGCCUCUGUCAACCCGGUAGUAACGCCACGUCGUGUGAUAAGUGGUUUCCUUACAUUGGGCGUCAUAUUCGUUAUAUUCGGAGCCGUUUUAUUAAAAAUUUCCAUGAGAGUAGAUCAAAUGCUAGUGUACUACCAAGAUUGUGCAGAAAAUGCACCACAGGGGUCGUGGACAGAUCUGGAUCAAGACCAUUACAACUGGCAAUUUCACAAGAACCUGACCUACAACAAAGCUCCCCAAUGGAGCUAUACACCACCAGAUGACUCGGACCUGGGCAACGGAACGUGUCAUCUCAGGUUUGUAACCCCUGCAGAUCUACCCAGUACGGUCUUUUUGAGCUACUGGGUCGAAAAAUUCCACGGCAAUCACAGACGGUUUGUAUUGUCUUUCAGCGAGCAACAGCUGAAUGGCGACGACACUUCCAUGACUACGGUGAGAAGCAAUCCGGGUAUAAACUGCAAGCCGCUAGUUUCUAAUAGUGAGGACAAACAGUACUAUCCAUGUGGUCUCAUUGCCAACUCCAUGUUCAACGAUACGUUCCCCAUGCAGUUGGUGGGUGUAGACUCAACAAGUAACUAUUCUUUGACAAACAAGGGCAUUGCGUGGUCGACAGAAAAGGACCGUUUCAAGGUAACAAAGCUCGACCACACCAAAAUCGCUCCUCCUCCUAAUUGGGUCAAGCAGUUCCCCAACGGCUACAACUCCACAAACGUUCCUGACAUCCACACCUGGGAAGAGUUCCAAAACUGGAUGAAAGCUCCAGCUUUUGACACUUUCCAAAGACUCAUUCGCAGAAACGACAACGACACUCUACCUGCAGGCCAAUACGAAAUAAGUAUUGGAUUAAAAUGGCCCGUCACGGAGUUCAACGGCAAGAAGGGCAUUUUUCUCACCCAUGGCUCCAGCAUCGGUGGCAGGAACAAUUUUCUUGGUAUUGUCUACCUCGUUGGCGGUAUUAUAUGCUUUGGACUUGCCAUUAUCUUGUUGGUAACUAGCUUGAUAACCGGCAGAACCGUUGGCGAUCUUAAAUACCUCUCGUGGAACCAACAAGGAAGCCUUUAA